AUGGCGGAAAUUCAGAAGGCACAACUUGCAUCAUCCGACAAAAAGAAGCAGUCUCCAUCCGAGCGUGCAGCAAUUCUCAUGUUUCUUGCGACUACUUUCGUCGCCCUUUGGAUUAUGGGUGGUGUAACUGGAUACAUCACCACUCCGGCAACUGUGGGAGAUAGUCCCAUCCUAGGCCUUUGUUGCGUUAUUUGGACAUGGCAGGUUAUGUUGGCUGGCUUUGCCCUCGGCACCUUGCCCAACAGACCACCCAAUCUCGAGGGAUUCCACUACUACUGCGGGGCUCUAGUCAGUGGCAUGCUGGCACUGAUUUAUGGUACGGUCUGUGCAGACAUCGGCAACGCGGCUUGCGUUGGGUUCUGGGUGACGACAGGUUCAAUCGUUGGAGUUGCGCUGGAGGUCAAGUUCAAAUGUUUCGCAGCGAUACGCAUGAAGCUGGAUAAAUGGAUCGAGAGCACAGAACGGGAGCAGAGAAGCUGA